GAAAUUUAUAAACUAUAAACAAAGUGGAUUAAAUUUAAAGUAACAAGACACCUCUAAAGUCAUAGAAAACUUCCAAGGCCCAAUGGCCCAAAUUCUGAAACCUCCUUCCAUUUUCAAUCUCAGAAACGCAGCUUACAACCUCUUUAGCCUGAAGCUAGAAGUCGCAAAAGCCAUGAACAGCAUUCUAAAUUUCCACAAACACACUACCAAAUCAUGGAACAAGAAAAAAACAUCUCUUCCUUAUGGAUCUCCACUCUUUCUUUUGCUUAUCUCUGUUUUUUCGAUCUUCUUUUUCUUUGUCCUCUUCUCUUCCCAUUCUAAAAUCCCCAACUAUGUUUUGCAUAAUACCCAGUAUUGCACCAGAUUCCAAACCCUCACCGGAGGAGAGAAGUUCCUCUGGUAUGCACCGCACAGUGGGUUCAGCAAUCAGCUAUCGGAGUUCAAGAAUGGGAUACUUAUGGCCGGAAUUUUGAAUAGAACAAUAGUUGUCCCUCCUAUUCUUGAUCACCAUGCUGUUGCUCUUGGUAGUUGCCCUAAAUUUAGGGUUACGGGACCUAAAGAGAUUAGGGUUUCCGUUUGGGAUCAUGCGAUUGAACUGGUUAAAACUGGGAGAUAUGUCUCUAUGGUUGACAUCGUCGAUAUUUCAUCAUUGGUGCCUUCUUCUGUUCGAGCCAUAGAUUUCAGGAUUUUUGCAUCCUUGUGGUGCAGUGUGAAUAAGGAUAUCACUUGUAUAAAUGAUUUAAAUGCACAGUCCUCUUUGUUCGAGAGCCUUAGGCAGUGUGGAUCUGUACUAUCUGGGGUUAAUGGUAACAUAGACAAGUGUUUGUAUGCUGUAGAUGAAGAUUGCAGAACCACAGUUUGGACUUACAAAAAUGGUGAAGAGGAUGGAGUAUUCGAUGCAUUCCAACCUGAUGAGAAACUCAAGAAGAGGAAGAACAUUUCAUAUGUUAGGAGGCGCCGAGAUGUACAUAAGACACUUGGACUAGGUUCUGAAUCUGAAUCUGCCACUAUCCUGGCUUUUGGAAGCCUUUUCACUGCCCCAUACAAGGGUUCAGAGCUGUAUAUUGAUAUCCAUGAUGUGCAGAGGGAUCAAAGAAUACAAUCCUUGAUCGAGAAAAGUAAAUUUCUUCCCUUUGUUCCUGAAAUCUUAAGUGCAGGGAAGAUUUUUGCUUCGGAGACCAUAAAAGCGCCUUUUCUCUGUGCACAGCUCAGAUUAUUAGAUGGUCAGUUCAAGAACCACUGGGAAUCUACUUUUAUGGGCCUGAAACAAAAGUUGGAAUCUCUGAAGCAGACGGAUCCACAACCCAUUCAUAUUUUUCUAAUGACUGAUCUUCCUCAACGGAACUGGACUGGGAGUUACUUAGGUGACUUGGCUAGUGACUUAGACCAUUUUAAGUUACACUUUCUGAGAGAAGAAGAUGACUUGGUGAUACAAACAGCAAAGAAAAUUGCAGUUGCAGGGCGAGGCCUGAGGCUUGGAGAUAUUCCAUGGAUUAAUGGAGUGAGGAAGAUGAAGAUGCAUUGUUCUUACCAGAGUUUGCCGAAUAUACUAUUGUACAUAGAGGAAAGUGUUUGUUCUUGUGCUUCUCUGGGUUUUGUUGGGACUGCUGGGUCAACUAUUGCUGAGAGCAUAGAACUGAUGAGGAAAUCUGAUGUAUGCAGAACGUCCUAAUCUGAUUGCAACAUGAUAUUUGGCUGUGAAAGCUUGAUGAAUCCGAGGCUGCCGCUUGCAUAUUUUGCAGCAUAACGUAGCUGAUGCUUGGUUGCAAAUGACAAUGGAGUACAACAUGAAGGAAACGGAAUGAACAAGUUCCCUAGCCAGUUCAGACAGAAAGGUCCUACAUAAGCAGAAAACUGCAGUUUUUUAACACGAAUUUUCUACUAUGUUUUCUGAAAGUAAUUUCCUGUUCUACUAUGAUUCAGAGAGCAAGAGUGAGUGUUCGUAUUUGACGAGCACAAAAGUUUACGAGUGAAAGUUGUAAAACAAUUACAAAAGCAAUUUGAACUAAUUGAUUGAAGGCUUUAUUCGGCAA